UUCACAACUCUUUCUUUUGUCCUCGUCGGGCUGCGCCUGUACACGCGCAUUAUGGUGGUGCAAAAUGUCGGCAUCGAUGACUGGUUGAUGCCUGCCGCACUGGUAAGUGAGUUGCGAAUCAUAGAUGGGAGUCCUAGAAGGGCGGGUUCUGAUAUUCCCCAUCGGCAGUGUCUCUGGGCGACGAUUCCGACCUACAAUCUGGCCCUAUUGCUCUGCAAGCUGUCGAUCGUCUUCUCAUACUUGCGCGUGUUCAAAAUCCCAACGACACAAAAGAUUUGCAAGACUAUGCUUGCGGUGCUUGCGGUAUACGGUGCCUGGACUGUCUUCGGCUCGAUCUUCAUGUGCGUGCCCGUGCAAGCCUUUUGGGGUGACGGUACAGGGAAGUGCAUGAACCGCUUGGCUUUCUGGUUUUCCAACGCAGCCUUGAACAUUUUAUCGGAUAUUAUCAUCUGCGGCAUUCCUAUACCACUUAUCAAGUCUCUGCAAAUAUCGAAAAAGCAGAAAAUUGCGCUCAUCAUGGUGUUCGCUGUAGGAGGAUUUGUUUGUAUUACCUCUAUGAUUCGCCUUUAUUCACUUUACGAGAUCUCCGUAUCUACCGAUACAUCACGAGAUGGUGUCCAUAUUGCGACAUGGUCCGGGAUAGAGAUCAAUGUUGCCAUAGCCUGCGCCUCUGUCCCUGCGCUCAAGCCCCUCAUCGUGAAGGCCUUCCCCAAGUUGUUGGCAAGCACCCAGCGCAGCGGGUAU